AUGCAGUCUAUGCCACAACUGCUCAGGCAAUCACUUCGGUCAAGCCUACAACUCACAAGCACCUCCCCAGCACGAGCGCACUUCCGCCCUGCAUUCUCCGUCAACAGACCGACUCCGCGGAGCUUCUCCGCCUGCGUACAAUGCCAAUUCCGCCGACAGCCGACCACAUACUUGGCCUACAAUGACCGAGAAAAGUUCUCCGCUGACACCGAGAGGUUAAUCAGGGAAAAGGAGAAGGAACUCGCCGAGCAGGAACUCGCUAAGCAGGAGCUCGCUUCCCGCGACCCGGCCCCGAUCCCGGGUGUGGAGGCGGGCAGUUCUGGCGAUUCGGUUCCUCCUGCCACAGAGACCGAUCAGACCACUGCACCACCACAAACGAAGGAGAAUGAAAAAGAGCAGUCCAUUUCACAGGAGGAAGAAGCUAGUGCCGGCGCGAGGAGCGGAGGUCUGCCCUCGUACUUGGAAAGCCGUCGAUCAAAAUGGUCUAAGCAGUUCAGCACAGUGAUGGACAAUCUGCAAUCCAAUGUUUUCGUAGCGGGUCAGCGUUUAAAUGACCUGACUGGAUACUCCAGCAUCGAAGCUCUGAAGAACGAUAUCCAGUUCCACGAGGGCCGACUCCGCACCGCCCGAGCAAACGUCAAGAAGGCAAAAGAAGAGUACGCCAAAGCCAUUAACCGUCGCUCAACUUCCCAACGCGAAGUAAACGAGCUCCUCCAACGCAAGCACGCCUGGUCCUCAACCGACCUGGAGCGAUUCACCCUCCUCUACCGCAACGACCACACGAACGAGGUCGCCGAGACCGAGACCUCACAAACUCUAUCAGCCUGCGAGCGCGAAGCUGAAGAAGCUGCCGCGCAACUGAGCAAGAGUAUCCUCUCACGAUACCACGAGGAGCAAGUCUGGUCCGACAAGAUCCGUCGUAUGUCGACAUGGGGAACCUGGGGUUUGAUGGGCGUGAACGUCCUGCUAUUCCUUGUCUUCCAGAUUCUCGUGGAGCCGUGGCGUCGGAAGCGACUCGUCAAGGGUUUCGAGGAUAAGGUCGUAGAAGCGUUGGAGAAAGAGAAGGUCCUGAACCGGGCUAUGUUUGCUGAGAACGCUAUCUCGAUCUCGGCGCUGCCGAAUACCUCUAUCCUCCCCGAGAUCGUCGAUUCGACCUCCGAGAACACAGCUGGGGCCACUCCUUCUCUUUUGAUUGAGCCAAAGGUUGCUGCGAAGGAGAUUGAUCCGUCCACUACGGGAUCUAUUGUCUCGGUGACUGAUACCGAUGCCUCCCAGUCUCUCCAGACCCGUCUCUCAAAUAUUACUUCCCCGGUUCUGUCGCGCGAGUACUGGAGGCAGGUGGUUGGCGAGUUCUUCAGUGAGCGCAGCAUUUCUGUCUCCCAGUACGAUCUCACCACUGCAGCUCUCCAGAGUGCUGCAGCUGGUGCAGCUGUGACGGGCCUACUCUUUGCCCUGAUCGGAUCUCGGUAA